AUGUGUAUCUACAAAGGUGGCAGGCAUGGGUGGAGCUUUGUUGCUCGGUUGUCAAACUGUGAUACCAAGCAUUGGAUGAAUGAGUCUGGUCAGUGGUGGUUUGAUAAAAAUGAAGCUUUCGGAAAAACCACUGAUCCGUCUGACAACACUGACAUGAUAUCACCAUUGUUUUGGCUGCUAAACGGAAGUGACUUCAAGAUCACCCGCAGCGACGACUCUAUGCAUGCUCCACUAUUACAGACGAUAGAUAACUGUCUAGGAAGUCAGACACUCCGUUCGAAAGUCACAAACUACGGUGACUUCAGAAAUGGUAAAGUUUGGCCCGAGGGCAAGUGCUUGGGAAAGUGCAAAGUGCAAUAUGGUGGACAGUACCAAAUGACUGAGGGCUUUGGGAAGGCUACAUGCAGCGGCGAAAUGCAAGCUGCUGACGAGGUCGGCUUUUGGUGUGAGUGGGGUUGGAGUGGCGCCGUGAUCAUGAUCGGAGGGGCCAGAGGUGCUUGUGGCAGAACUGACCACGGGAUAGGAGUUACAACAGCAAAGAAAGCUUCAUUUAAAAAAGAGGAUGGACGACCGGAAUACGAUUUUGGAAAUAGUGGAUGGGGCUCACACACAAGGAGUUACUCAUUAAACUUGUGGAUAAAAUAAAAAUAGAUAAUGCA